GCCCUUUCCGUCCUCGCCCACGACCACCGCACUGUGCUCAUACGGGUGCUCGACACCGUCGAGCCCGAUGAACGCCGCCAAAAAUGCUCUACGGGCCGCGUCAACGAGCCGCAUGGCCAUGAAGUUCGCCGUGCGGGCACGCACGUCGACGCCAGCCGUCCGCCGCUACGCUACCGACACCUCGUCGGGCUUCGCCAGCUCGCCCACAGACAAUGACGCCGAGGGCGAGACCGACGGCAUCCCAGACCGCGUGCAUCCCGAUGUCCCCAACCUCAUGGACCCCGACGUCCGAAUGGACCUCGUAGAGAGCCACACCUUCGCGCCUAGCCGUCGCACGAAGUUCCGCAAUACGGUCACCAUCCGUAACGACGAACAAAAUAUGUUCGAGCUCCUCCGCAAGGAGCUCGGCACCGAAUCCGCAGCCAGGGCGGAAUACACUAGCGUUUACAACGAGGUGCCGAUGAAUCAUGCAAUACGGAAUGGGAAGUUGUACAUGUUCCCGGUCAACGUACUCAUGGCCAUACAGCAGACGGGGAAGGGCAAGAUAGCCAGCCAACGGAUCGUCAUGGUGGCAGGCAACCAGAAUGGCUUUGUGGGCGUUGGCAUAGGGAAGUCGGGUGUAUUCCUAGAGGCCUUGCACAAAUCGGUGCGGAACGCGGUGCGGAACAUGGACUACAUCCAACGGUUCGAGGACCGUACCAUCUGGACGGAGAUGGAGCACAAGUUCGGCUCGACUCGCGUCAUCAUGCGCCCCCGCCCCGUCGGCUUCGGCCUGCACUGUAAUCCCAACGUCUACCACAUCCUCAAGGCGGCGGGGAUAAAGGACAUCAGCGUGAAGGUGUGGGGGAGCCGGAACCCGCUACAGGUCGUCAACACGGUCAUGCAGAUGCUGAUGCCGGGACGCGACCCCGUGGGGAUGGGCGAUGGGAUUGGAGGUCCGGGGAAGAGGACGUCGAAGCCGAUGGGGAUGCGGACGAAGGACGAGAUAGAGCUCGCACGGGGGAGAAAGUUGGUUCCACUGCGGUGAUUGUACGUCGCGACACCUAUAGCUGCUUAAUUGGGUCUUUUCCACAACAUGUCGGUGAGAGAGCCGCAGUAUGUUGUGACAGCUUAGUUGCUCGCUGGGCACUCUUCGUUCUCUUUUUUGCGAAGCAACGUAGAUUGCAGCGCAGCCGCGCCUGGCGCUAUUGCAGCACGGACAUCUGAUUGUACGAGAUUCGCAGUACCAAUCGCUCACCGCUUCAUUGCGGACUAUUUAAGUUAGCUUGAGUCCUGGAUCUGUCUGUGUAGUCGUUGAGUCUAUUCGCAGCGAGAGGAGCAUGCGUGCCUCGUUUGACCCGGCUCCGCUCACUGUAUGCAAAUAUUCACUAUGAUAUGUUCGUCGUCAC